AUGAGCUCCCGAGUGGUGAGCAGAAAAGGAGAGCCCCAGUAUCGCCGGCACUUUCUGACCAACAACAGCAUCUUCCAGGUGGAGCGAUGCAUGAGCGUGAUGCAGUCCGGGACACAGAUGGUGAAGCUGAAGGCCGGCUCCAAGGGGCUGGUCAGACUCUUCUACCUGGACGACCACCGUUCCUGCAUCCGCUGGAAGCCCUCACGCAAGAGUGAAAAGGCAAAAAUCACCAUCGAUUCGCUGUACAAAGUGACAGAGGGAGUUCAGUCGGACAUCUUUCACCGACAGGCGGAGGGCAGUCUAGACCCUGCUUGCUGCUUCACCAUCUAUCAUGGAAACCAUAUGGAGUCUCUGGACCUGGUCACAUCCAACUCAGAGGAGGCUCGAACUUGGAUCACCGGCUUACGUUACCUGAUGGCUGGGAUCAGUGACGAAGACUCUCUGGCCAGAAGGCAGCGGACACAUGACCAGUGGAUGAAGCAGACUUUUGAGGAGGCAGAUAAAAAUGGUGAUGGACUUUUGAACAUUGAUGAAAUUUACCAACUUCUCCACAAGCUCAACGUCAAUCUGCCCAGAAGGAAAGUGAAGCACAUGUUCCAGGAAGCAGACACCGAUGACCAGCAGGGCACAUUGACGUAUGAGGAGUUCUCGGUCUUCUACAAAAUGAUGUCAAUGAGGCGAGACCUGUUCCUGCUUAUGAUGGCCUACAGCGAGAGAAAGGACCACCUCAAUACAGACGAGCUGGCCACCUUCCUCCGUAACGAGCAGAAGAUGUCAAAUGUGACACCUGAGAAUGUAACAGAAAUCAUUGACAAGUUUGAGGAGUCGGCUGAGAACAAACAAAGAGGAAUCUUGGGGAUUGAAGGAUUCACCAGUUUCAUGCGCAGCCCAACAUGUGAUAUAUUCAAUCCUUUACAUCAUGAAGUAAACCAGGACAUGGAGCAGCCUCUUUGUAACUAUUUUAUCGCCUCCUCCCACAACACUUACCUGACCGGGGACCAGCUCCUGUCUCAUUCAAAGACAGACAUGUAUGCCUGGGUCCUACAGUCUGGCUGUCGCUGUAUAGAAGUGGAUUGUUGGGAUGGUCCUGAAGGAGAACCGAUGGUCCAGCAUGGCUACACACUCACUUCAAAGAUCCCCUUCAAGUCUGUUAUUGAAACUAUUAAUAAGCACGCCUUCGUGAACAACCAGUUUCCAGUAAUCCUGUCCAUAGAGAACCACUGUAAUAUCCAGCAACAGAAGAAAAUCUCUCAGUACUUGCGAGAAGUCUUUGGAGAAAAAUUAGAUAUUGGAAAUGCAUUGGCAGGAGACGUCAGAACCUUACCCAGUCCUCAAAGUCUUCUCGGCAAGAUUCUCAUUAAAGGGAAGAGACUCCCUGCCUAUUUGUCUGCAGACGUAGAAGAGGGGGAAGUGUCCGACGACGACAGCGCGGAUGAAAUUGAGGACGACUUCAAGCUCAAGAGCGCAAAUGGCAAUGGUCAUCACCAAGUGGAGUCUCACAUCAGGAAGAAGCUGGACUCUCUGCUCAAAGAGUCUAGAAUCGGAGAUAAGGAAGAUUCCGACAGCUUCAGCAUCAGAGCGUUGCUGAGGGCUACGCACCAGGGACUUCAAAAGAAUCUGCAGCAGGGAUCCAAGGGCGUUUUAAAGAAAUCUCAGAGCAGGUCUCUCAUCACGACACUCAAACAAAAGAGGCACUCCAAAUCCAGGCUGACCUGCCAGACUGUGGACAAGGAGGACGAGUGUGAGGAGAGGCCUGGGAGGGACACCUCGGGACAGAUCAACAGGUAUGGAAGAAAGAGGAAGACCAUGAAACUCAGCAGGGAUCUCUCUAAUCUUGUGGUGUUUACCAACUCUGUAGCAUCUCAAGAGUGUCUAAAUGAAGGUACGCCAGGGGACGUGCUUUCCUUCAGUGAGACCAGAGCUCAGUCUCUUGUGAACCACAAAGCAGAACAGUUUCUGGCCUUUAACCAAAGGCAGCUGUCCAGGAUUUAUCCAUCGGCCUAUCGGAUCGACUCGUCCAACUUCAACCCUCAGUUCUAUUGGAACGUCGGCUGUCAGCUGGUUGCUCUAAACUACCAGACGGAAGGCAGGAUGAUGCAGCUCAAUCGAGCCAAAUUUAUGGUCAAUGGAGGCAGUGGUUACGUUCUUAAACCGCCCCCUAUGUGCAAAGGCUCUUUUAACCCGUUCAGUGAGGAUCCUCUGCCUGCGUGUCCCAAAAAGCAGCUCAUACUGAAGGUCAUAAGUGGUCAGCAGUUGCCCAAACCCCCUGACUCCAUGUUGGGGGACAGAGGAGAGAUUAUUGAUCCGUUUGUUGAAGUGGAAAUUAUUGGUCUUCCAGUAGAUUGCUGUAAGGAACAAACGCGUGUUGUGGAUGAUAAUGGUUUUAACCCGGUUUGGGAGGAGACGCUGUCUUUCACGCUCCACAUGCCUGAGAUGGUUCUUGUGCGUUUCCUGGUCUGGGAUCACGACCCCAUCGGUCGAGACUUCAUCGGACAACGGACUGUGGCUUUUAGCAGCUUAAUGCCAGGCUACCGUCACGUUUAUUUAGAGGGUAUGACAGAGGCUUCCAUCUUUGUGCAUGUGACGGUCCAUGAUGUUUAUGGCAAGUGGAGUCCCCUUAUCCUGAAUCCAAGCUUUACCAUAAUGCACUUUCUAGGAACACAUAAGGGAAAUCAACUGCGUGGCAUUCGGGGUCUGUUCAAUCGUUCUUCCAAAUCGUCCGUGGACACAAACACCGGUGGCCUUAGAAAGCGCUCUAUCAGUGAUCAUCUCCUGCGCCGCACAGCCAGCGCUCCAGCCAAAGGGCGGAAGAAAAGAAAGAUGCCCCCAUCUGAGUCUGUCGCCUCCAUAUCUGAUCAGAGGAGCGGGACAGGGGCAACAGCAGCUGCUGCAGGAGGAGAGCAGAGCACCUCGGGACAGUUCUCAGGCACUGAGAGACGCUUCCAGCCCCGAUCUCCCCUUAUCCACAGACCUAUGUCCAUGCCACUGGACAGACUCUUACAAGGACAGUUGUCUUUGGGCUCACCAGAUACAGAGAAGCAAGAGACAGGCUCAGACUCUGGAAUUGGAGGAGCCCUUUUCAGGCGAACAAGUCAAGAACAAGUCAGUCCUCCAGAACCUCACGUAAAUCUGAAUGUCACGGGGCACAAGGUGACUCUGGAGUGUGCCAUGACGUCUGUGCUGGGCUUCUCUCUGGUCCUGGGAUACAUCGGACUGCUGGCCUGCACAUGCCUCCUCUUGGCCUUUCUGGCCCGGAAACUUUCGGAUAACUUUAAUGAAGCUAAACUCAUCACUUUCAGCAUGUUGAGCUUCUGUGCUGUUUGGGUGGCCUUUGUGCCUGCAUAUUACAUCUACGCCAUGAUGUUUGCUGUGGAUGAGAUCAAUCGCAGUGGAAGUCUGCUGCCGGGAGUGAGGCUUGGCUACCGUAUACUUGACAGCUUUUAUGCAGCAGCUCAUGCCAUUCACAGCCUUCUGUCCUGCCCUGACACGGAGGCCUCUGUGGCCACGUCCAACUGCUCCUCUCCUCAAAACAUCACACCUGCGCAGCUUCUUGAGCACUUGAGUACAGUAAACUUCACCACACCUCAGGGCGAACGGUUUUAUUUCCAAGGAGGGGAUAUCCCAGCAAAGUAUGAUCUGAUCAACUGGCAGAAGACUCCAGAAGGGUCACUCAAACUAGUGCUAAUUGGGAAAGUUGAUGGCUUUGACAUAGAUCUCAAUGAAACAAUGAUUCAGUGGAGCACAGGCACGAGUCAGGUGCCUAUAUCUGUGUGCACAAUGAGCUGUCAGCCUGGGACCCGAAAGGCCAUACGUAAAGUUUGGCUGUCACUCAAACCUCCCCUGCCUCAGCCUGACUGGGAAAUGACUGGAGUGAAGGUGACUCUGGAGUGUGCCAUGACGUCUGUGCUGGGCUUCUCUCUGGUCCUGGGAUACAUCGGACUGCUGGCCUGCACAUGCCUCCUCUUGGCCUUUUUGGCUCGUAAACUUCCGGAUAACUUUAAUGAAGCUAAACUCAUCACUUUUAGCAUGUUGAUCUUCUGUGCUGUUUGGGUGGCCUUUGUGCCUGCAUAUAUCAGCUACUUUGCAACUUGCCCCUGCCUCAGUAACAGACAGCAGUAUCCAAACUUCUUUAGGACAAUCCCGAGUGAUGCCUAUCAAGCUCGGGCAUUGGCACAACUCGUCAUGCGAUUCCAAUGGACCUGGAUUGGAGCAGUAGUGUUUAAUUCAGACUAUGGGCGAGAGGCAAUAAAGAUCUUCGAGGAGACAGCACAGUCUGUGUGUUUGGCUUUUGUGAAAACUUUUAAAAGAGAAAGCAUCAUCGCUGAUCUCAGAGAAGCUGCUCUUACUAUCAAGGCUUCAAAUGCUAAAGUCAUCUUGAUUUUUUCUCGUGACCUAGACGUUGGAGAGCUGUUUGUGCAACUACAACAAAUAAACGUGACUGACAGGCAGUUUCUGGCUAUUUAUGCAGCAGCUCAUGCCAUUCACAGCCUUCUGUCCUGCCCUGACACGGAGGCCUCUGUGGCCACGUCCAACUGCUCCUCUCCUCAAAACAUCACACCUGCGCAGCUUCUUGAGCACUUGAGUACAGUAAACUUCACCACACCUCAGGGCGAACGGUUUUAUUUCCAAGGAGGGGAUAUCCCAGCAAAGUAUGAUCUGAUCAACUGGCAGAAGACUCCAGAAGGGUCACUCAAACUAGUGCUAAUUGGGAAAGUUGAUGGCUUUGACAUAGAUCUCAAUGAAACAAUGAUUCAGUGGAGCACAGGCACGAGUCAGGUGCCUAUAUCUGUGUGCACAAUGAGCUGUCAGCCUGGGACCCGAAAGGCCAUACGUAAAGGUGAACCUGUCUGCUGUUUUGACUGUAUUCCCUGUGGGGAUGGGGAAGUCAGCAACAAAACAGACUCUCUCCAGUGUGAUCGUUGUCCGCUUGAGUUUUGGUCCAAUCCCGGCCGAACGUCCUGUGUCCCUCGACAGCUGGACUUCCUGGCCUUUAAUGAAACUCUGGGCAUCACUCUGACGACAGUGGCUGUAUCUGGAGCUGUAGUAACAACUGCAGUCUUCGUAGUGUUUCUUUACCACAGACAAACACCUAUGGUUCGAGCCAACAACUCUGAGUUAAGCUUCUUACUUCUUGUAUCCCUGAAACUGUGCUUCUUGUGCUCGCUGGUCUUCAUUGGGCGACCAUCGGUCUGGUCUUGUCGUUUCCAGCAGGCCGCCUUUGGCAUCAGCUUUGUGCUGUCUGUUUCUUGUCUCCAAGUCAAAACUAUGGUUGUUCUGGGAGCUUUUCGCUCCGCACGACCUGGUGGUGAAAUGUUUGUUAAAUGGUUUGGUCCGAGAAAACAGAGGAUGAGUGUGUGGCUGCUCACCUGGAUACAGAUCAUCAUCUGUGUUGUGUGGCUGUGCGUAAGUCCUCCAGAACCUCACAUGAAUCUGAAUGUCCCGGGGCAGAAGGUGACUCUGGAGUGUGCCAUGACGUCUGUGCUGGGCUUCUCUCUGGUCCUGGGAUACAUCGGACUGCUGGCCUGCACAUGCCUCCUCUUGGCCUUUUUGGCUCAUCUUCAUGUCCAGUGCACAAAGCUCCUCCAGCUUCUGUCCACUCUGCAGGAGCUGGGGCAAAUCUACACCCAAAUGUGUGCUCCCAAAACUGAUUGA